CCCGGGGGGCAAGGGAAUCAUGGUUGACAAACACGAUUUGGGAUAUGAACAAACUUUGUUAUAUGGGCGUUACACAAAAGAUCUUGGUAGUUUUGCCAAGUUUCAGGCAAAGAGAAUAAAAACACCAGACAAGGCUGACUUUGGAAAAGCAGAGCCAAAACCUAGAAACAGACUAUGGGAACUAAUUGGUUUACUUGUUCGGUUAAGAGACUGGAUAUUGGUGAAGGUUGGCGAAGACUGGAUAUUUUUGGCAUUGUUAGGAAUUAUAAUGGCAUUUCUAAGUUUUGCAAUGGACUUUGUCAUCGAGAAAAUGCAAGAGGCAAAAAUCUGGUUGUAUGAGGAGUGUUCAUUUUCAUUAACAUUACAGUACUUUUGUUGGGUGCUUUACUCCUUACUUCUAAUUACAUUUGCCACUGGAUUUACUCACCUUGUAUCACCUCAAGCUAUUGGUUCAGGGAUUCCAGAAAUGAAAACUAUUCUUCGUGGUGUUGUUUUAAAAGAAUUUUUAACUUUUCGAACUUUAAUAUCUAAAGUUGUUGGGUUGUGCUCAUCACUAGGUAGUACCUUGCCAUUUGGGAAAGAAGGUCCAUUUGUACAUAUUGCCAGUAUUGUUGCCAAUUUACUAGGGAAAUUAUCAUCUUUUAAAGGCAUAUAUGAGAAUGAAUCUCGGCGGUCAGAAAUGUUGGCUGCGGCGUGUGCUGUAGGGGUUGCUGGGACAUUUGCUGCACCUAUUGGGGGGGUAUUGUUUAGUAUUGAAGUAACAGCAACAUAUUUUGCUGUGAGGAAUUACUGGCGUGGUUUUUUCGGUGCAGUAUGUGGAGCAGUUGUGUUCAGAUUGUUGGCCUUCUGGUUUAAAUAUGAAGAAACAUUGACAGCACUAUUUAAAACUAAUUUAAAAACAGAUUUUCCUUUUGAUCCAUUGGAAUUACUGGCAUUUUCAUUCAUCGGGGUUGCCUGUGGUCUUAUUGGUGCCUUGUUUAUUUUAACACAUCGAAGAAUUAUAUUAUUUACAAGAAAACAUAAAAAGAUGUCUGCAUUUUUACAAAAGAAUCGUUUUAUAUACCCUGGCCUUGUUGCACUUGUGAUAUCUUCAUCAACAUUUCCUCCUGGACUGGGACAGUACUUUGCUGGAGAGUUAACACAUAGAAGGGCUGUAGAUGAGUUAUUCAGCAAUAUAACAUGGACUAAAGGACAAGCUGAUGAUCUGGACGGGGAGGAAGUACUCAGUCACUGGAACCACCCAGACACAAAUAUAUAUGCCAGCCUUGUUAUAUUUAUUAUUAUGAAUUUUUGGAUGGCAGCUGUUUGUAACACUUUACCUAUUCCUGCUGGAGUGUUUGUGCCAGUGUUCACCAUAGGAGCAGCAUUUGGACGUUUAAUUGGAGAAAGUAUGGCUGCAUGGUUUCCUAACGGAGUGAAAUCUGGUGAUGUUAUACAUAAAAUAGUUCCUGGGGGCUAUGCUGUUGUAGGUGCUGCAUCAUUAUCAGGUAGUGUAACUAGGACCAUAUCAACAUCUGUGAUAGUGUUUGAACUGACUGGUCAGAUCUCUCACGUACUCCCUGCUGUGAUAGCUGUUUUAAUAUCAAAUGCUGUGGCCAACUUGUUCCAGCCAUCAUUUUAUGACAGUAUAAUAAGACUCAAAAGACUCCCCUAUCUACCUAGCAUUGUGUCUUCUAAAGUUGAUUCAUGGAAUGUAUAUGUAGAAGAUAUUAUGAUAAAAGAUGUUAGACUCAUAUCCUUCCUGUCAUCAUACAUGGAACUUAGGGAUUUACUUGAAAACACAAAAUUUAGAACAUAUCCACUGGUUGACUCAAAAGAUUCUAUGAUUUUACUUGGCUCUGUGAAGAGAUUUGAGCUUGAAAGAAUGUUAUGGGUACAUCUUAGUCAAGAUCAGAAGGUUGUAAUGCCAGAUGACGAUAUUGCCUCCACACCUGGGUCAAGCCGCGCCCCAACCCCACCUCCGAGGAUUGAAUUCAUUCCCGCUCAACCAAAAUCAAGGUUUAAAGUGUCAAAAGUUGAUGAGACACUGCGGGGAGGAAAAGGUGUCUCCCCGAAACCAUCUGUGUUCUCUAUUGCCAGAUCUUCUAGUGCCAGCUCGCUGGAAGAUUUAUCAAAACAGGAGCGUGAGAACAGAACAUAUCAUACAUUAAACCUUCCCCUGCGAUCUAUUCUCAAACAGAGUAGUAGUGGUAGAUCUUCUCCUGCAAUGCCAAAAUCUUCCAGUUACUCUGAUUUACAAGCUGGAAUAGAUCGUCACUUUAGAAAACUGUCACAUCAACAUGCUGAUAGUAUAGCUGAAGAUAUACCAUUUGUUUUAGAUAAAAAUAGUAUACAGGCAUUUACAAAGAAAGUAAAGUUGCCUCCAGAACCAGUUAAAGUUAAAGCUCUUCCUCUUGACCAGGAUGCCCGGGCUAAAAGUCAAGAAGCAUGGGAACAAAAUCAGUUAAUGAAGAUAAUAGACUGGGAAGGAUGUCAGAUAGAUCCAGCACCAUUCCAGCUUGUAGAGAGAACCUCAUUACAUAAGGUGCAUUCAUUAUUUUCACUUCUUGGGUUGAAUCAUGCUUAUGUCACCAAUACAGGACGUCUUGUGGGAGUGGUUGCUUUGAAAGAGCUGCGGCAUGCCAUACAAGGUCAUAUAGAUGAACAAGCAGAAAGGAAAAACAAAUACAAACCUCAGAAAAACUCUUCUAGUGUUGAUUAUUCGGAUUCUGAGGAUGAACUUGAUGACCCCCAGCAAUUAGAGGUCGAACACCCUAAGGAACCAGACGGCUAUAGACUGGUUAAUAGAUUCAGUGCAAAAAUUAAUGAUGAAAACGAAAAUAUGGAAGAGUCUUCUCAGGUGUGAAUAAAUAAGUCUCUCUGAUUGGCUAAAAUAUCAGACUGUUCAUAAAUGUGGUAAAAAAAAAAUCAGGUGUUCAAUUAUGAUUUUGAAUAUAUGCAAAAAAGCGAUGAAUUGUGUAAAAUGCAAAUUGUGCCAGUCUGUCCAUUUUAAUGAUAAUUAUUGUACUGGCAAGAAUAUUUUGUCUUUUGUUUUGUGUGCAAUAACACUGAUAUUGGUUUAAUAUAUACAACUCAUUAAUUCCUAUUGGUCUUUGACAAAUAUAAGGUCAGUAAGUUGAUAUAGAAGAGGCGCAAUAAACAUAUCUCCAUGUCAAAGAGUCAGGAGGUGAUUAUGAUAGAACAUUUAGAUAAAAAGGAAUAUUUCAUACUGACUAUUGUCAUUGUUAUGGAAGUGAAGAAUGUGAUGUGUAGAUAAGUACAAAUUGGGUUGAAAUACAGUCCAAUGCAAAUUUUGGACCAGUCUAUGAAUAAAAACAAUUUCAUUGGUCAAUUUUGAAUUUUUAGAUGUGAAGCAACCAAUCAAAUGACAAAGAGUUUUAGACUGGUACCUAUUAUAUUGAAUGUUAUUGUAAAGUUUUGAUUAAUAACUGUUCUGGACCCAGUGUUCUUUCCUAGAUGUGUUCUAGUCUAACAGUUUCCCAAAUCUAAAUGGCCAUAAUGUAUAAGUGUUUUAAAAGGACAUAGAUGUGUAGUGAAGUAUAUAAAUGUGCACAGAUGUUAAUAGGUAGAUUAUGAGUUAUAUUAUUAUUAUUAUUAUUAUUAUGUAAGUUUAAGAAAUAUUGAAUUAGAAUUAUGCAGAAAAUUUAAUCAUAUUUAAGUAAUAUUAUUAUAGUGAUAAUUAGAAACAUAAGAAAUAAGAAAUGUUUGUGUCAUUAAAAACUGAACGUUAUUUCAUAGUUCAAAACAUUUAAUAAAACAUAUCACAGAUUGUCAUAGCAACAGAUUCAUAUUAUCAUUUUCAAUGAAUCUCAGAGCUUGAAUUAUGUCACCUAUUUUUCACGUCCUCUAGAAACUUUCUAUGCCUUUAUUUCAAUAAGCGUCUGCAUGAUUUGGAGUUAGGUUAGUAGAUGCUUUAUAAAGCAUCAGAUGAUCUUAUUUUAAUCCCAAUCACCAAGAGGCUUAUUAAAUAAAGGCAUAUAAAAAAACUAGAACUUACUUAUUUUGCUUGUUUUGUAGAUUUAUUUAUAAUAAUCAUUUGUGCUGAUAAUGUGAUAACUUCUUAGUUAGGAGCUAUUGUCUAUUUGGUGAAGGCUUUAAAAGGAUGACAAAACAUUUUUUUUCAUGUACAUGUAUAUCCAUUGAUGACUGAAAGUCAUUUUCUUAUGUACAUUAUAGCCCUUAAUUUUUUUUUACAAGACACUAUGUAUUUAUAGAAUUUUUCACGAGCUAUUAAGUAUUUUUAUGGUGACACAUAUUUGUUACACAAAUUUGUUAUUAAAGUUAUUGUUUUUUUAAGGGGUAACCUCCAGAUAAGUAAAAUAAAUCAUAAAAAACAGAAACACAGGAAUAUGGCAUAUGUAAUGAAAGAAAUGUUUUGAUAUUUACAAUUCAAGGUGAACGUUAAAUGUAUCAUAGUAAAACAUGUAUAAUUUGUAAUGACAAAAUUUAAUAUUUUUAUCCCCAAAAUUUUACCUUGUUCGAGAGUAAGACAACUUCAUUGGUAUUUUUUUGUGAUUUGUGAUAUUUUUGGGCAAAAGUGCCAUAGGCUAGGUUAAAAUUCUUAGCUUGUACACUUGACCAUUAUUUUAUUCACUAGUACUAUUUAUAUGUUUUUGUAAUUGAAGAAUUUACACAAUGUGUCAAGUUGGCCAUCAAAAGCCAUUAUGGCCCCUCUUGUUUUAUUAAGACAUUAACACAAAUAUGGAGAAAUGCUAAUUUAAAAGAUGUCCCAUCUAUAUUAAUUGCUGGUUUGCUGACAUCAUUGGUUGCUUAGUUUCAGCUUUCUUGGUAUAUACAAUUAUAUUAUUAUACAAAUUAAACAAUUUCAUGUUAUUUUCUGAUUUAUAAUGCAAAAUGUGCUUAUUGUUUAA